AUGGAAGCUAAAAACCAAACUACAGAGUUUGUGAUGGUAGGGUUUGCCACUCAUCCAGAGCUUCAGAACUUGCUUUUCGUGGUGACUUUCAUCAUGUACAUGGUGUCGUUGAUGGGGAAUAUCCUCAUCAGUGCCACAGUUUGGCUUGACCCGGCUCUUCACACCCCCAUGUACUAUUUCAUCUCCAAUUUGUCCUUGGUUGACAUCUGCUACACCACGGUCACCAUCCCCAAGAUGCUGGAGAACCUGCUUUCUCAGGACAGAACCAUCUCUUUCACUGGCUGCGCUGCCCAAUUGUACUUCCUUCUUUCGCUAGGGACCACUGAAUGCUUCCUCCUUGCUGCCAUGGCAUAUGACCGCGUCUUGGCCAUCUGUAACCCUCUGCGGUAUGUGGUCCUCAUGAACAAGAGCCUGUGUGUCCAGCUGGUGGCUGGCUCCUGGGUCAGUGGUUUGCUGCUCUCCUUGGGUCAGACCUCACUCGUCUUCACCCUGCCCUUCUGUGGGGACAACCGGAUCAACCAUUUCUUCUGUGACAUUCCACCCCUCUUGACCCUGGCCUGCGGAGUCACCGCCAUGAAUGAAAUUGCCGUCUUUGUAGCUGGGAUGUUAAUCACACUGAUCCCUUCUUUGUUGAUACUGGGGUCCUAUAUCCACAUCAUCUCCACCAUCCUGAAGAUCACAUCGGCCCACGGCAGACACAAAGCCUUCUCCACCUGCUCCUCUCACCUCAUAGUCAUCACUCUGUUCUAUGGCUCUGCCAGUGCCAUAUACUUGCGACCCAGGUCCAGCUAUACCCCGGAGAGUGACAAAUUUCUGGCCCUGCUCUACUCUGUGGUGACACCCACAUUAAACCCCAUUAUCUACAGCCUGAGAAGCAACGAUAUCAAUAGAGCCCUGAGGAGAGUCAUAACCUCAAAUAUAUUUCUUUUCAAGAUGUGAACAGAGGAACACGGCCCGAUCCGCUCCUCGUUUACUCUGGUUUAAUGGCAACAUUGCUCCAUUGUCUUCCCUGGAGUUGUGACAGUUUUGUGGGUAAUCAGGAUGGUGGGUCACCUCGUUACUGAAGGCAAGGGGGUGAGAGGGAGUCUUUCAUGUGAUAUAUGUGAUACCACCAGCCUAUCCACCUAUCAAGCACUGUCCUCUGGGCUACAUCAGCUCUAACUUCACCUUGCAGUUUAUCAACAGGUGCAUGCCAGUCUUUCAUCCCCUUUGAAAUAUUUUCCUGACACUGGCUACUUACAGAAAUUCCUGAUCCUCUGCCCCUAAAGAUGCCACAUAUCCCAGUUUACUAGUUUUACCUUAAACCUGCGGUCUUGUAAACCACACAGCACUUGUGAGUGCUUACAAUAAACCAAAAGGAGGUUUAGUGUAAGAAAGGAUAAGAAUUAAAGAAGGGAGUGGAGGAAACAAAUGGUUAAAAAGUAACACAAAAUAUGAAUCUGAGUCUACACUUAUCAGUCACUACCUUUCCUACCUAGUAAGUUAGACCCCCCUCUUCCUCUCCAACUUCAGUCGGUUGCCGAGCUGACUGGCAUCUCAUUGCAUUACUCACACACCAUACUAUAGGGUCCCCUAAUUCAAUGUCUCUGGGAGAACACAAAGUAAUAAUUUC